AUGCGCACUCUCACGCGCACUCUCACGCACUCUCUCACGCGCUCUCUCACGCGCUCUCUCACACGCUCUCUCACGUGCCUCUCACGCGCACUCGCACGCGCACACUCACGCGCUCUCGCACGCGCUCUCGCACGCGCUCUCUCACGCGCUCUCUCACGCGCUCUCUCAAGCGCUCCCUCACGCGCUCUCGCACGCGCUCUCGCACGCCCUCUCUCACGCGCUCUCUCACACGCUCUCUCAAGCACUCCCUCACGCGCACUCUCAUACACACUCUCACGCGCUCUCUCACGCGCUCUCUCACGCGCUCUCUCCUGCGCCUCUCACGCACCUCUCACGCGUACUCUCACGCGCACUCUCACGCGCUCUCGCACGCCCUUUCUCACGCGCUUUCUCACGCGCUCUUUCACGCGCUCUCUCAAGCGCUCCCUCACGCGCUCCCUCACGCGCUCCCUCACGCAAUCUCUCACGCGCUCCCUCACGCGCUCUCUCAUGCGCUCUCUCACGCGCACUCUCACACGCACACUCACGCCCUCACUCACGCGCGCUCUCACGCGCUCUCUCACGCGCUCUCUCACGCGCUCUCUCACGCGCUCUCUCACCCGCUCUCUCACGCGCCCUCUCACGCGCUCUCUCACGCGCUCUCUCACGCGCUCUCUCACGCGCCCUGUCACGCGCUCUCUCCCGCGCCUCUCACGCACCUCUCACGCGCACUCUCACGCGCACUCUCACGCGCUCUCGCACGCCCUUUCUCACGCGCUUUCUCACGCGCUCUUUCACGCGCUCUCUCAAGCGCUCCCUCACGCGCUCCCUCACGCGCUCCCUCACGCAAUCUCUCACGCGCUCCCUCACGCGCUCUCUCAUGCGCUCUCUCACGCGCACUCUCACGCGCACACUCACGCCCUCACUCACGCGCGCUCUCACGCGCUCUCUCACGCGCUCUCUCACGCGCUCUCUCACGCGCUCUCUCACGCGCUCUCUCACGCGCCCUCUCACGCGCUCUCUCACGCGCUCUCUCACGCGCUCUCUCACGCGCCCUCUCACGCGCCCUCUCACGCGCACUCUCACGCGCACACUCUCGCACUCUCGCACGCCCUCUCUCACACGCUCUCGCACGCGCUCUCUCCCUCGCUCUCUCAAGCGCUCCUUCACUCGCUCCCUCACGCGCUCCCUCACGCGCUCUCUCAUGCGCUCUCUCACACGCUCUCUCAGGUGCUCCCUCACGCGCUCCCUCACGCGCUCCCUCACGCAAUCUCUCACGCGCUCCCUCACGCGCUCUCUCAUGCGCUCUCUCACGCGCACUCUCACGCGCACACUCACGCCCUCACUCACGCGCUCUCUCACGCGCUCUCUCACGCGCUCUCUCAUGCGCUCUCUCACGCGCUCUCUCACGCGCUCUCUCACGCGCUCUCUCACGCGCUCUCUCACGCGCCCUCUCACGCGCUCUCUCACGCGCUCUCUCACGCGCUCUCUCACGCGCUCUCUCACGCGCUCUCUCAAGCGCUCCCUCACGCGCUCCCUCGCGCGCUCCCUCACGCGCUCUCUCAUGCGCUCUCUCACGCGCUCUCUCACGCGCUCUCUCACGCGUUUGCUCCCGUGCACACGCUCUCCCUCUCGCUCCGUCUCUUCCCUUCUUCAAAUGAAAAAAACAACCCGCGCUGGUGCACCAACCCGCGCUUGCGCUCGUGCACCUGUCGCCGGAGGCGACGGCGGGGAGGGAAGGAGAGGCGACGGCAGGGAGGAGGGAGAGGCGACGGCGGAGAGGAGGGAGAGGCGACGGCGGAGAGGAGGGAGAGGCGACGGCGGGGAGGAGGGAGAGGCGACGGCGGGGAGGAGGGAGAGGCGAUGGCGGGAGGAGGGAGAGGCGACGGCGGGGAGGAGGGAGAGGCGACCGCGGGGAGGAGGGAGAGGCGGCCGCGAGGAGGAGGGAGAGGCGACCGCGGGGAGGAGGGAGAGGCGACCGCGGGGAGGAGGGAGAGGCGACCGCGGGGAGGAGGGAGAGGCGACGGCGAGGAGGAGGGAGAGGCGACCGCGGGGAGGAGGGAGAGGCGACCGCGGGGAGGAGGGAGAGGCGACCGCGGCUGGGAGCGAGAGAGGGGCGAUGGCGGGAUGGGAGGGAGCGGCGACGACGGGGUGAGAGGGAGAGGCGACGGGGCGGAGUAA